GUACGUCUCCCUCUCACAUGAUCAUAGACGACAUUCUACCCCGAGUAACCUCAUCCUCGCAGAAAAGGGACACCUAUCUAUGAAGUCCUUCACUGCCACCUUGGCCACCUUGGCCGUCGCUGGUCUCGCGACCGCGACCCCGAUCUACCAACUAGGCGGCGGCCAACUCCGACCUCGUCAAGAACAGCAAGGCAACGACACCGACUCUUCCACCGAAACCGCUCCAGUCUCUUCUGACCCGGCCAUCAUCAACAUUCCAUCUCCAAUCCAACACACUGGUGACGUCGACGCUUGUCAAGGCUACCAACUCACUUCUGCAAACGUCAUCGAGGGCGGUGUCGACGGACAACUUCAGCUCAUCGGGAACUGUACCGCUUAUGGUCCCGACUACAACACGCUCGAAUUGAAGGUCAGGUUCGAGACCGAUGAUCGUCUCCGAGUCCAGAUUAGAGACUCUGAUGGUCGAGCUCACGUCGUACCUACCCAAGUCGACUAUGCUAUCGGGGCGUGGUCUCCUAUCAGCGAGGAUGGAUCCGGCGGAGCCACGAACGAGACUAGCAACCUCGUCUUUGACUGGGAGGAGAACCCGUUCUCGUUCGCCAUCUCCCGAAGGGACGACGGAGCGGUCCUCUUCAACACUUCGGGCGCAGCUUUGAUCUUUGAAGAGCAGUAUUUGCGUUUGAGGACGUCCCUGCCCGAAAACUCUCACAUUCAAGGUCUCGGUCAGCACAACGACAACUUUAGUCUGCCGAUCGAGAUGGAAAACUACACCCGUACCAUCUGGGCAAGGGACGCUUACGGUCUCCCCACAUACACCAACCUUUACGGCGCCCACCCCGUCUUCAUCAACCAGAUCACCGGCGAGAACCCUUCGGCAUACGGUGUCUUCCUGCUCAACUCGAACGGAAUGGACGUCAAGUUCCCAGAGAGCGGACGAUACCUCGAGUACAAUGUGCUUGGAGGGAUUUUGGAUCUGUACUUCUUCGCUGGGCCCACCCCAGCCGAAGCUUCGAAACAAUACGUCCAGGCGAUCGGCUUCCCUGCUGAGGUCCCGUACUGGAGUCUCGGAUUCCAUCAAUGCCGAUACGGAACCAACGAUAUCGUCGAAGCUGCCGAGACUGUCGCGAACUACAGCGCAGCGGGUAUUCCUUUGCAGAUUCAAUGGUACAGGUUCCGUCGAUGGAUCAUGACUUUGGACCCGGACCGAUUCGAGCUUGCCAAAGUCCAAUACUUUGUUGAUCAACUCACUUCCCGAGGCCAGAACAUGAUCAUGAUGGUAGACCCCGCCGUCGCGACCGGCCGAAUCGAGGACGACGUUUCCAACUAUUCGACGCUUCAGAACGGAUACCGCGAUGGAGUAUUCUACAAGGAUCCGGAGAACAGCAAUCAGACUUAUGAGGGAGUUGUAUGGCCCGGACCGACUGCUUUCCCAGACUUUACCGACGAACGUGCUCGCCAAUGGUGGACCGACGAGAUGGUCGCUUUCUUCGAUCCGGAGAAUGGGGUCAACAUCAGCGGGGUCUGGAUUGACAUGAACGAACCCGCCUCCUUCUUGCCCUACCUCGAGGCGAACGUCCAGCGUAUCUCGGCCGAGAGGGAGGUACCCCCCGUCAGGCCUGCCCCGCGGUCCUUGGAUGCGACCGUUGAAGGAUUUGAGCGUUUCACUGCCGGCAUGAACGUCUCUACUCCGUUCGACAACAGCAAUACCUCUACAACUGCCAAGAGGAACGUCAUCUCGACUUCGCAGCGACCCGUUGCUAGACAAUCGCAGGAAUCGAACGAGACCAUGGCGGAUACUGUCGACCCGGGCCUCGACUCGCAAUGGCUUUACCCUCCUUACCGAAUUCAAGAUCGACGUGCGGCACCUUCUAUGCAAAACGCUGACGGCUCCGGGCUCAAAAAUAUCAGCGACUUUACCGUCCGAACCGACAUUGUUCAGGCGAACGGCGCCCGUACUUACGACGAGCAUAACCUUUAUGGUGCCAUGCACGGUCUUGUCACCCGGGAAGCCGAGCUCGCUAGAAACCCGGACAAGAAGCCCUUCAUCAUUGCCAGGUCCAGUUUCAGUGGGACCGGUACUCAUAACGGCAACUGGCUGGGGGACUCGACGUCGACCUGGGAGCAGUACAUUCAGGUUAUUCGCCAGAACCUCUUGUUCGCUGCGUUCGGAGGACCCGUCGUGGGGGCUGAUACCGGUGGAUUUGGCGGCAACUGUACCGAAACUCUAUUGGCCCGAUGGGCUUGGCUCGGAGCUUUCAAUACCUUUUACAGGAACCACAAUGAGAUCGGCAGCAUCGGUCAAGAAUUCUACCGAUACCCCCUGUCGACUGUCGCCGGCAAGGCUGCUGUCGAGACUCGUUUGAGACUCCUGGACUACAUCUACACCUUUAUUCACAAGACCCACACGGAUGGGACGCCUGCCAUGUGGCCUCUCUCCUGGGUGCACCCCGAGGACGCCAAUACGAUCAGCAUCGAGCAUCAAUUCUACUUUGGACCCGCUCUCAUGGUCUCUCCCGUUGUUGCGGAAAACUCGACCAGCGUGACCUUCUACGUGCCCAACGCCACCUACUACGACUUUUUCGACUUGACUCCGGUCCAGGGAACCGGAAGCGAGAUUACGGUUGAUGAGGUUGGCUACGAGACCAUUCCUCUUCAUAUCUUGGGAGGGUCCGUUAUUCCCUUGAGGACCGGAGCUGCCAAUACUACCGACCAGAAUCGACAACUUCCCUUCCACAUUGUCGUCGCCCCCGACGCUUCGGGCGAGGCUAGUGGGGAGCUUCGACUGGAUGACGGUAUCAGCCUCGACGUAGGCGACAACUUCUCGGACGUGACUAUGGACUUUGCGAACGAUACGUUGACCAUUGGAGGGACUUUCGGGUACGACGGAUCGAGUAUCGUCGAGAUGGUUGUCUUUGCCGGUCAGACCGAGAACAAGACUAUCAGCCUCGACGGUCAGCAAGCCGCAAACCAGUUUUACGAUUCCGAGAAGCAGACCAUCAGCGCUUGGAACUUGGAUCUUGCUCUCGGCGAGCACUCUGUCACUCUCGAAUAGGGAUAGUAAAUAUGCCGGUGGAUCUCCUGCAUGAGAAUCAACUUGUCGAAACCGAAAGAGACAUUCAUAAUAACAGCUUUUUGUGAAGGGAGAGCGCUAUGAUGUACAAAUUCUUUCAAACCGCAGAAAUCAAUCUUUGCUACAUUUAUUCGUCUAAAACCCGAUCUGAAAUGAUGCUAUUGUCGAAAGAGCA